AUGAAAAACAAAACCAAAAAGACUAUAAGCCAUCUUAAAACUGGACAUAGAAAAUCAAAUUCCAUUCUCGUCAACAUACGUUCAAAUCCUCAUUAUAUUGGCAAACGUCCAAGUAAACGUAAAAUUAUAAAAUUUUAUAAAGAUCUUUUAACAUUUUAUGAAGACGAGGAUACAACGAUUCAAAAGCCUGAAACUUCCAAGACGUUUCAAUCAAAAAAGACACUUAAUGUUGGCCAUGUUAAGAAAAUUACUAAAAAACAAACAACUGUCAAUAAAAGACAAGUAAAAAAUUUUGAUGCGUUAAUUUUGAAANUAACUGUCAAUAAAACACAAGUAAAAAAUUCUGAUGCGUUAAUUUUGAAACGUAGCAAUCAAACUAGCAAUAAGUCAAACGCUAAGAUAUCUACUAAAAACAAAUCAAAUUCAAUUAAUGUGGAAAUACCAUCCGAAGCUGUCAAACAUAUGAACGAAAUAGUAAAUAAUUCUGGUGAACAAGAAAAUGUAAGAAUUAACAAUUCUGAAACCCACAAGAUGUAUCGAAAAAAGAAUAGAACUCCUGUUAUCGACAUCAACAUACGUUUAAAUCCUCAUUAUGUUGGCAAACGUCCAAGUAAACGUAAAAUUAUAAAAUUGUAUAAAGAUCUUUUAACAUUUGAAGAAGACGAAGAUUCAAGGAUUCAAAAGCCUGAAACUUCCAAGACUUUUCAAUCAAAGAAGAGAGCUCAUCUCGACGAUGUUAACGAUUCACGUAAAAAACUUAGACUAACAAAUAAAUAUGAAGACAAAGUAAAUAAUUCUUAUACUCUUAAUUCAAAUCGUAAGAAUAAAACUCCUGACGUGUCAAACGUCGUGAUAUCUACUGAAAACAAAUCAAAUCCAAUUAAUGUGGAAAUACCAUCCGACAAAGUCAAUCAUAUGAUUGAUUUUAGUAUUCAUGAUAGUGCGCGUUUAGUGAUCGAUGAAAAAUUGAUAUUCUGGCAAAAAGCUCGAAUAAUUACUAAAGAAGUUCGUAAUUGUUUACCAAAAUUAGAGGAAUUGUACAAUACAUGGCGUAAUUUGCAAAAAAAUUCAAGUCGGCGUACAGAUACUCAGAUAGAUAAAGAAAAUAAAUUUGUACAAUGUUUUGAUGAGCUAUUUGAUAUUGCUUAUGCAGAUGCAUUAGACAUGAUGACUAUUGAUAUAGACAAGCAGUUUUUAAUAAGUCAAAAACAAAAAGGUCGUCCAGUAUCACUUAUUGGCGUUGAUUUAACUUACCAAAAGAAAGAAUUUAAGCAAUUUAAAAAAUUAAAAGAAUUUAAGAAAAAAAGAAAACUUAAUGAAGAUGAAUUCAAAUUAACUACUAAAACUGUGGAAUCCUGUUCUACAAGCGACGACACAGGAGAAAGUUUGCCUGAUGAUUUCGUAAACAAUGAUGACUUCAGUAAUUUGUUUGAUGGCAAUGUUAAAAAAACUAAGUAUCAAAUAUUAAAUUUAGAAGAUAUUAAUUGUUCACCGGGUCCGUCUAAUAAAACUAAUGUUUUGCCAAUAUCAAGCUUCAUAAAACAAAGAGGUACAAUAGACAUAAUGACUGUAAAGUUAUCUUCAGCAUUAGAUAGGUGCAAAAUAAGCGACCGAGACGCAGUACACAUUAUAAUUGCAGUGGCUGAAUCAUUAGGGCAUGACGUCAAUGAUAUCAUAGUUAAUAGGUCAUCAAUUAAACGACAUCGUGGAAAAAUACGUUGGAAUUUAGCUACAGAAAUUCGCGACAAAUUUUCUGUGACUAAUCUCAAUGCCUUAGUUUUACAUUGGGACGGCGAAUUAUUACCUGGUUUAUGUAGUAAACAAAUAGUUGAUAGACUACCUAUAAUUAUUUCAAAUAAUGGAAAUGACCAACUAUUAGCAGUAUCGAAGAUGUUAAACGAAACUUCUAAAUCACAGGCUGAGGAUAUACAGGGUGGCCCACCACUCACUGACAACUUAAAUAACUUUUGAUCCAGUUAAUAUUUUUAGUUGAUUUUUUUUUAAAUA